GAAAAUUUAAAUCCCAAAAAAGAUCAGAAUUUUUAUUUUGAAAAUGAAGUAAAUUUAAAGCUUAAAGAUUGUUUAAAUAUCAUCUGAGCGACAGUAAACUACUAAAGAAUGGGAAGUUUGAAGAUUUCUCCAUCAACAAGUGUUGAGUUUGAAUUGUGCUCAAUAGAAAGAGAUGAAAAUAUAUUCUAAUGUGGGAGUUAGUUAUGAUGGAACGUUGCUGAGGUGAAAAAGUAACAGUUAGUUUUGAUUCUUUCAAGAAAGAAAAAACAGACUCAGUCAAUUGAACAAAAUGCAUCGUGAGUUUGUAGGUUACAGGAUUUGCAAACUCUGGGGCCGGCAUAGCCGAUAAAGCUCUGGCAAAGACAACCUACGGCAUAGCCGAUAAAGCAUUACUUUAAACUCCUCUGAGGGGCCGUGCAUGAGUCGUUUGAAUUUUACCAGAUUUACAUCGUUCGACGGUCUAACCAUAAAUAAACAUACAAUCUGUCUUAAAAUAUAUAUCUGAAAUUCGCCAUUAAGCGCUAACAAAUAUACUUUCUGAAUUCCAAUGUAUGUACAACUUUAUAGAACCCCAUCCUAGACAAUACGUGUAAUUAACUAAUGUUUAUAUUACCGAUACACCCCCCGGGAUGAUAUAUCAUCCACAUAUUUUCUCUAAUAGCUCCUUUAAUUUCCCGGGGGAUAUCGUGAAUUCCUGCAUCCAAGAUGGCUGACCGAGCUAAACAAUUUUAUGAAAUGAAUCGAAAAAGAAAGUUGCCCUUUUUUAAAAGCGUUGUAUCCAUGGGGAUUCCUUUUUGCUUUUAGUUUGUGGCUCUUUCGAUUCUCUGCGAUGGCAGAGGCGGUAAAAACAGCUCAUGUGGAUGGAAAUAAACGCGAUUCUUUGGAAGUUAAUACUGGACUAAGUGGACUUCCUGCAGACUGCUUGCAAGGACAUGAACCAGGAGCUGGAGGAUGCCAAUUAUUCGAGGCGGUAAAACUUGACGAUUUUGACGAUGUCUAUGAGGAGCACAGGGAGUUAAUAAGCAGCUCCAGUUCAGGUCGUUUAGCUAGCCUCUGGGGUGCUGAAAGUCCCAGCGAUGAAUUUGUUUUGAUCAAAGAGGGUGAGGAGUCACAAGCUAACUCAAGUGCUCGAUCAAGGCUCUCAAGUGAACGAAAGAUUUCAGAUACUAUUGAAGAGGGGAUUGAAGUUAUCGUUGAAAAUAUGCGUAUUCAAGAUCACAAAGAUGAUAUUGUCCAACAACCAGAAAUACCGUCAGACAAAGAGUCUGCUCUUCAAAAUGAAAGAAGCACGCCUGAACAUGUUGAUGAAGAUGUCAAUCAUCCUGAUUGGAUCAAACAUAAAAAACAUAUAUUUGUUCUCAGCAGCGCUGGAAAACCAAUAUAUUCUAGAUAUGGAAACGAAGACAAGCUCUCAACUUUAACAGGAGUAAUGCAGGCCUUGGUCUCCUUUGUUGAAGAUGAAAAUAAUCAUUUGAGGGCAAUUGUUGCUGGAGAUCAUAAAUUUGUAUUCCUUGUGAAAGGGCAUGUGAUUCUGGUGGCGAUUUCCUAUGCUAAAGAAUCCGAGGCACAGAUGGCUGUACAACUGACGCAUGUUUAUAACCAAAUUCUGAGCGUGUUGACGCUCCGGCAGUUGGAAAGAAUUAUGAAUCAAAGAGGGAAUUACGAUUUAAGGAGAUUACUAGGAGGAACGGAGAAAUUUAUAGAUAGCUUAUUAAAUUUAAUGGAUCAUGAACCUAGUGUUCUAUUAGGAGCGGUAAGAUGUUUACCGUUGAAAAGUUCAAUGAGAGAUAUCAUAGGACAGAGUUUUGUUCAAAAUAAAGUCAAGGAAUUAGUGUUUGCUGUGCUUAUUGCAAGAAAUCAGUUAAUCACGUUGGUUCGUCCGAAAAGUUACAGUUUACAUCCGGGAGAUUUACAUUUAAUAUUAAACUUGGUUAAUGGAUCAACGUCAUUUCAAACCGCCGAGUCUUGGACGCCAAUUUGUCUACCAAGAUUUGACAAUAGUGGCUAUCUCUAUGCACAUGUGUCGUAUCUCAGCGAUGAUUGUCCAGCGUGUCUGCUGUUGCUUACCACAGCCAGCGAUGCUUUUUUUAUCCUCUCCGAAUGUCGACUGAAAGUUCUAGAGAAGUUAAAGAGAUACAAAUGUUUCGAAGCUAUAAAUGAAGCUUUAGGCAAGGAAAGCUAUAGAAUAGGUGAUGUUGGGAUUCCUAAUUUGUUACAUUUUGUGUAUAAAUCCCGGAGUACGUCACAAUAUACGUCACCAGAGCUGGAAGCCCCGUAUAAUAACCAAGACGAGGAGGAAAGAUUAUUUGGUCUCUAUCUAUACCUUCACCAUCAUAUUCACUCGUCUGGUCAACCAUUAAAAAUUCUCUGUCAUGUCGGUUCUAAAGAGAUGCUUUUAGGAUGGGUAACAUCAGGUUUUGAACUUUACGCGACAUUUAAUCCUCUUGUGACAAAACCCAUAGCGAUAAACGCCAUUAACAAGCUUCUGAAAUGGAUAACGAAUGAAGAGGAUCGUUUAUUUAUUCUAAACUCCCCGGUCUUCUGACCUUUAUAAUUUUCGUGUAAAUACUGGACUGAUAAACACUCUAGGUAGAUGUACCAUAAUUUGUGUACAUUUUAACGGUAGAAGUAAUACAUUAAUAUUAAAUUGUAUAUACCUGUCUCCCAGGAAUACAACGCAUCUAAUGGUAGGUAAAUCUAAUUUGCACAGUUGAAUAUUAAACUAAAGAUGAUUUUAUUUGCUGCAUAGCUUUAUCAUUUGCGCACUGUUCGUUUUGUUGCAAUAUAGGAAAACUAAAUUAAUUUAU